CAAACUUGAAAAGAUGAGACUCCCAAGUCUCACAAUUUAUUCCUUGCUGUAUUUAAAGUUCAAACCCGUUUAAAGCUUUGAAGCUAAUCUAGGCUCUAGCUAUAAGCUAAGCUAUCACUUCCUUCCUCCCUCCCUCUCUUUCACCUGGUUCUCCUGAAGAGAUUGCAAUGUCUACAACAUUUGGAGGAGAAGAACCUCCCAAAGCUCUAAAAUGCCGGACAUGGGUCCUUAAAGUAUCUAUCCACUGCCAAGGUUGCAAAAGAAAGGUCAAGAAAGUUUUACAAGCCAUUGAUGGAGUUUAUACAGCAACAGUUGAUUCACAGCAACAGACAGUCACUGUUACUGGUAAUAUUGGAGCGGAGAUAUUGAUAAAGAAACUCAUCAAAACGGGCAAGCAUGCAGAGAUUUGGCCUGAAAAACUCUCUUCAAAGGAAAAUGAAACGGCAAAAGCAAAAGAAACGAAGAACGGCCAAGAUUACACUAAUAAUGGAAGGAAACAAUCUGUUAAAUUCAGUGGAGAAAGAAAAAGUGAAGAGACAAAGAAUGUUAUUAAGUCACCGGAAAGCCCCACCGAUGUUGAGGAGCUGCCGGAGGUAAAGAACAAGGAUCGUGAAAGUGAGGGUGGUGGUGCCAGAAAUGCAGGUAAAAAGAAGAAAAAGAAAGCGCAAAAAAGUGAAAAUAACAACACUGUUUCAAGCUCAGGCUCACCACCUUCUGGUUCAGCCGCAGGCAAUGGAUAUCCAAAUCAAGGGGAGGGCAUUGAUCAAGUAGUGGGCCCGGCUAAUCUGAACCCUACACGUCAGCAGCAAUGGGUUCCAUUCCCACCAGGGUUCAACAUUCCAUUACCUCCUGUGUAUGCAUCAAGCUACAGUAUGGUAAACCCGAGGGGAAGUCCUGGUCCGUUCUAUUAUGUCCCACCAUAUCUCCAUAAUACAACCACACAUCAACUGGAUUCUUUCUACUAUUUCAGUGAUGAAAAUGUUAAUGGAUGUUCCAUCAUGUGAUAAACCAGGAGGAGAGCAAUUUUGAACUUGUUUUGGUUACGGAAAGUGAAGUGGUCAAAAUUUGGGGGCAACAUAUUGCUGAGGAGAUGGAUAUAUAUUAGACUUUGAAAUUUUUGGAUUUUAUUUUCUUUAAUAUGGUCAUAUGGUAUUUCUUUUUCUGAAAUCCAAAUGGUUAGCUUGUUCUUGUUUUUAAUGCCCUAAAAUAUCACUACUAGUGCAUGUUUUAUAUGUACAUUUGCUUUGUAACUUAUAUUAAUUAAGUAAUUGGCUCAUAGUACAAGAGAUUACAUGUUGAAAUUCA